AGACAUUCAGCUCACUACCCUGUUUCAACUUUCAGAGCCAAUAAUAAAGUCAUCAGGACUCAGGAGAGGCUUGCGCGGAUGGAAACACAAGGCAAAGUAAUCACUUGCAAAGCUGCUGUGGCAUGGGGAGCUGGAGAAGCUCUAGUGAUGGAAGAUGUAAAAGUAGAUCCUCCUCAGAGACUGGAAGUGAGACUUCGAAUCCUCUUCACUUCCAUCUGUCACACCGAUCUUAGCGCAUGGAAAGGCGAGAACGAGGCUCAACAAGCAUACCCUCGAAUCCUUGGCCAUGAGGCGGCAGGGAUAGUGGAGAGCGUAGGGGAAGGAGUGGAAGAGAUGAAGGCAGGUGAUCAUGUGCUCCCUAUUUUCACAGGAGAGUGCGGAGAGUGCAGAGUCUGCAAGCGAGACGGAGCCAAUCUGUGUGAGAGAUUCCGAGUGGAUCCGAUGAAGAAGGUGAUGGUAAGCGAUGGCAAGACCAGAUUCUUCACCAGCAAAGACAACAAACCCAUCUUCCAUUUCCUCAACACAUCCACCUUCUCUGAGUACACGGUCAUAGACUCGGCUUGCGUGCUCAAGGUGGACCCUCUGUUUCCUCUGGAGAAGAUAAGCCUCCUCAGUUGCGGUGUCUCCACUGGAGUGGGUGCGGCGUGGAAUGUGNCCCGGAGAACACAUUUAGUGACCCCAUUUGUCAAGAAAAUUGAAGGUGUUGUUACGUGUUAG